AUGGACGCCAUUGUUGUUUUGUGUCAUUUCUGUGAACAACAUGGUCCAUCAGUAAUAAUGUGUACCCAGUCAUUUAAACAAUCACAAUCAAAUUUAUCUGUAAAUAAUGUACCCGAUGUUACUACUGCCAACGCUAAUAAUAGUAACAAAGAUGUAAACACAUAUCAAAGAAAAUUAUCUAAUCAUGCUCUACAAAGUAGCGAUGAUGCAAUUCUUACUGGGAUAGAUGUUUCGCCUAUCCCUUUACCAUCUUCAUCAUCGAGAUUCUCAGUGAUGUCAUCAAACAUUACUCAACAGCAACAACAAUCACAUCCAGCUUGUAAAGCAUGCUCAUCUAUCUUGUUACGUGAUGAACUAGGAAUAAUUAGCUAUGAUCAUUCCGCCAAUCUUUCAUAUAUUUCUACGCAGUUUCCAAAAGACACGGAUUUAAGUACACAUGUUCGAAAUGCAUGCUUGCGAAGUCUUUCUAGUGAGGUUUGCCCAGGUCAAGUCGGUGCAUUUUACUUUGGUGAUGAAAUAAAUGGUCAUGUUUUAAGUUAUAAUUUCCCUUUGAAUGAUUCACGUGCGCGUGGUAAUCAAAGUCGUUUCAGUAUUUUGGUGUUAUCAUGGGAUAAGAUAUACCUACUAAAUAUAUGGUCAUUUUUGAUAUCGAAUAUAUCACGUAUGGUUUCUCGUCUACGUCUAGCAGCCAAUCGUGUAUACAGUGAUGAGACUUCAGAUAAUACAACUGCUGCUGUUGUCAAUACAAUGACUCAUUCAAACCUACAGAAGCCGUUGGCUCCAUUGAGAAGAUGUGCUACACCUCCAGCUUCGUUAGCUCCUAAUCUUUACAAACAGGCUAUUGCAGCAGGUAAUGCUGUUACGGCAGGAUACGGUUUAUACAGUAAUGCAACAUUAGGAAGAGAAACAAAACAGAAAAGAGCUACCGACUCAGAUAUGCGUUCACUGGCUGAUUUAACAAAAGAUGAUCAAAUAUUCUAUCGUCUGCAUGCUUGGUUCACAUGGUUACUUCGUGCCGGUGGUCGUCGAUGGAGUAUAGUUCCUCCUGCUAUUGCGCCUCCAGUUGAUGAAGAUUCAAUUGUAUCUCAGGAAGAAUAUGAAGCUUAUAUUUCAGCUGGUCUUGAAUGUUUAACAACAUCUAGUUCAAGAAAUGCUGCUGCCGCUGCCAAUGCUAACACUUUCAAUUUGCCUGGUCAUAAACUUGGUCAUAGUAUGAGUUGUAUUAGUCAAUCAAGUGGUUCUACAAUAUUAUCAAAAUCAAUAAAUCAUUCAACAACCAAUGGUACAAGAGAUUCGAUUGAAACAGAUAAUAACAAAAAAUUAUCGCUAUAUUUAAACAAUAUGUCAGUAGAAAUGGCGAAUUCCACGUCUUUCAUGAUCUUGUCCAGACUAUUUACUGUACUUGGUGUCAACCCAUUUAGUCGAUUAGUUCAGCAUAUAGCUGUUGGAAAUCAAUUGGUUGUACAAUCACUAACCGAAGAUAUACACUCUACACUGACAUUGUCUGCAUUAGCUAAACUAUUACCUAAAGGAUGUAUUAGACAGGUAAUAGCAAGUCAUGAAUAUGUGGCACCAUUUCGUUGUAAUCUUUUAAGUUUAACAAGUAAUUUAUUAAUGUUAGAAGAAGAUGUAAAUAUGGCUAAAGAUGUUCUUUAUUUAGCUGUUUAUCGUUGUGAAUGUAAAUCAUCAUCGUCAUCAUCAUCUUCAUUAAAUGAAACAACAAUAAUCUCUAAUGGAAGUAGUGAAGAAUCUUUUCUACAAUCAUAUGUCAAUUCUUUAAAUUUUAAAUUCUGUUCAACAAUUCCAUCAUUUGAUUCAGAAUUAAUUUUAUAUAAAAAAUCAUUACCUUGUCGUUAUUUGUCUACUGCUACUACUACUACUACUACUACUAUUACUAAUAAUAAUAAUCAUCAUCCAUCCAUUACUACAAUUCCUCGUCAAUUUUUAACUAAUAAUAAUGGACGUAUUACAAUAUCAAAUUAUGUACAACAAAUUAUUAAAUUAUUUCAUAUGAAUCCACCAUUAUCAAUGGAUGUUUAUACAAUUGCUUUAUCUACAAUACAACAUGAAUGGAUACAUCGUGCACGUUUAUUAUAUUCAUUUAAACGUUGUCAAGGAUCAUCUUUGAGCGGUGAGGAAGCAACUCGUCGUUGGACUAAUGUACUCGCUUCAAUCAAUUGUCAAUCAGCGGAAAAUGCAGCUGUGGCAAGAUUUUGGCAAGGUGCUUUAAGUCAAUACUCUCGUAAUAAUAUAUGUCACUUACGUAAAUGUCCAACCGCUACCAAUUCAACGAAUACAUCAAGACGUGGUUCAUUUAGCUCGAGUAAUGCCGAUUUAAAUGCUGCUGUUUUAGCAGCUGCGACAAAUUAUCAAUCGGUUCCAUUAAAUGAUUAAUUAUCU